AUGAUGAUGUGCGCAGCGACUGCCUCCCCUGCCGCCGCCUCCUCGGGGCCCGGCGGGGACGGAUUCUUACCAGCCGCCACCUUCUCUUCCUCCCCGGCGCCGGGGCCGCUGUUCAUGCCGGUUCCUGAGGGCUCCGUGGCUGCUGCGGGGCUGGGGCUGGGACUGGCCGCCGCGGACUCCCGGGGUCACUACCAGCUGCUGUUGUCAGGCCGGGCCUUGGCCGACCGCUACCGGAGGAUUUACACAGCUGCGCUCAGUGACAGGGACCAGGGGGGCAGCAGCGCUGGACACCCGGCCUCCAGGAAUAAGAAAAUUUUAAAUAAGAAGAAGUUGAAAAGAAAACAGAAGAGCAAAUCAAAAGUGAAGACAAGAAGCAAGUCUGAAAACUUGGAGAAUACAGUAAUCAUACCAGAUAUCAAACUACAUAGCAAUCCUUCUGCUUUCAAUAUUUACUGCAAUGUACGCCAUUGUGUUCUGGAAUGGCAGAAAAAGGAAACAUCAUUGGCAGCCGCAUCUAAGAACUCUGUGCAGAGUGGAGAAUCAGAUAGUGAUGAAGAGGAGGAAUCCAAAGAGCCCCCUAUCAAGCUUCCAAAGAUUAUUGAGGUUGGACUUUGUGAAGUUUUUGAAUUGAUCAAGGAGACGCGAUUUUCUCAUCCAUCCCUGUGUCUCAGGAGUCUCCAAGCUCUGCUCAACGUGCUUCAGGGUCAGCAGCCUGAAGGCCUCCAGUCAGAGCCACCUGAGGUCCUAGAGUCUCUCUUCCAACUCCUUUUGGAAAUCACUGUUCGAAGUACUGGAAUGAAUGACAGCACAGGACAGUCCCUGACAGCACUUUCCUGUGCUUGCCUCUUUAGUCUGGUGGCUUCUUGGGGAGAAACAGGAAGGACCCUUCAGGCCAUUUCUGCUAUACUGACCAACAACGGUAGCCAUGCUUGCCAAACUAUUCAGGUGCCAACAAUACUAAAUUCGCUACAGAGAAGUGUACAGGCAGUUUUGGUGGGAAAAAUUCAAAUUCAGGACUGGUUUAGUAAUGGCAUUAAGAAAGCAGCUUUAAUGCACAAGUGGCCAUUAAAAGAAGUGUCUGUUGAUGAAGAUGAUCAGUGUCUACUGCAGAAUGAUGGAUUUUUUCUUUAUCUGUUAUGCAAGGAUGGAUUAUACAAAAUAGGCUCUGGAUACAGUGGAACAGUUAGGGGCCAUAUAUACAAUUCUACAUCCCGCAUCAGAAACAGGAAAGAAAAAAAGUCUUGGUUAGGUUAUGCUCAGGGUUAUUUAUUAUAUAGAGAUGUGAAUAACCACAGCAUGACAGCCAUAAGAAUAAGCCCUGAAACACUGGAACAAGAUGGUACUGUAAUGUUACCAGAUUGCCACACUGAAGGUCAAAAUAUUUUAUUCACUGAUGGAGAAUAUAUUAAUCAGAUAGCUGCUUCAAGAGAUGAUGGCUUUGUUGUCAGAAUAUUUGCCACAAGCACUGAACCUGUGCUGCAACAAGAAUUGCAACUUAAACUGGCCAGAAAAUGCUUACAUGCUUGUGGUAUCUCACUAUUUGAUCUGGAAAAGGAUUUGCAUAUUAUAAGUACAGGAUUUGAUGAGGAGUCAGCAGUUCUUGGCGCAGGACGAGAGUUUGCACUAAUGAAAACAGCAAAUGGGAAGAUAUAUUACACUGGCAAAUACCAGAGUCUUGGAAUCAAACAAGGUGGUCCUUCAGCAGGAAAAUGGGUUGAGCUACCAAUUACAAAAUCUCCAAAGAUAGUACACUUCUCAGUUGGACACGAUGGCUCUCACGCCCUUUUAGUUGCGGAGGAUGGAAGCAUAUUCUUUACAGGAUCUGCUAGUAAAGGAGAAGAUGGCGAGUCAACUAAGAGCAGACGGCAAUCAAAACCCUAUAAACCUAAAAAGAUAAUUAAGAUGGAAGGAAAGAUUGUGGUGUAUACAGCCUGUAAUAAUGGAAGUAGUUCUGUUAUUUCUAAAGAUGGAGAACUAUACAUGUUUGGAAAAGAUGCCAUUUACUCUGAUAGUUCAAAUUUGGUAACUGAUUUGAAGGGCCAUUUUGUAACUCAGGUGGCUAUGGGCAAAGCUCACACUUGUGUUUUAAUGAAGAAUGGAGAAGUUUGGACGUUUGGUGUAAAUAAUAAAGGACAAUGUGGACGAGACACUGGUGCUAUGAACCAAGGAGGGAAAGGGUUUGGAGUUGAAAAUAUGGCAACAGCAAUGGAUGAAGACCUGGAAGAAGAGUUAGAUGAAAAAGAUGAGAAGUCCAUGAUGUGCCCUCCAGGCAUGCAUAAGUGGAAGCUGGAGCAGUGCAUGGUUUGCACUGUGUGUGGAGACUGUACAGGUUAUGGAGCCAGCUGUGUCAGUAGUGGGCGUCCAGACCGAGUCCCUGGAGGGAUCUGUGGCUGCGGCUCUGGAGAAUCUGGCUGUGCCGUGUGUGGAUGCUGCAAGGCUUGUGCAAGAGAGUUGGAUGGUCAGGAGGCCAGACAAAGAGGCAUUCUUGAUGCAGUGAAGGAAAUGAUACCUUUAGAUCUUCUUUUAGCUGUCCCAGUACCUGGGGUUAACAUUGAAGAACACCUUCAGUUACGACAAGAAGAAAAACGGCAGCGUGUAAUCAGAAGGCACAGAUUAGAGGAAGGAAGAGGCCCCCUUGUAUUUGCUGGUCCUAUUUUUAUGAACCAUCGAGAACAGGCUCUAGCCAGACUCAGAUCCCAUCCAGCACAGCUAAAGCAUAAACGGGACAAGCACAAAGAUGGAAGUGGAGAGCGAGGAGAAAAGGAUGCAAGCAAAAUCACAACGUAUCCUCCAGGCUCCGUGCGAUUUGACUGUGAGCUCCGGGCAGUCCAAGUCAGCUGUGGAUUUCACCAUUCAGUGGUUUUGAUGGAAAAUGGAGAUGUCUAUACAUUUGGUUAUGGGCAGCAUGGGCAGCUAGGACAUGGAGAUGUCAACUCCAGGGGAUGUCCCACUCUUGUUCAAGCAUUGCCAGGCCCUAGCACACAAGUCACUGCAGGCAGCAACCACACGGCAGUACUUUUAAUGGAUGGACAGGUCUUCACAUUUGGAAGUUUUUCUAAAGGACAGCUGGGCAGACCAAUUUUGGAUGUGCCAUAUUGGAAUGCAAAGCCAGCUCCCAUGCCUAACAUUGGAUCAAAAUAUGGAAGAAAAGCUACUUGGAUAGGUGCAAGUGGGGACCAGACUUUCUUACGAAUUGAUGAAGCACUUAUUAAUUCUCACGUACUUGCUACAUCAGAAAUUUUUGCCAGUAAACACAUAAUAGGCUUGGUACCUGCUUCUUUGUCAGAACCUCCUCCAUUUAAAUGUCUUCUGAUAAAUAAAGUGGAUGGGAGUUGUAAAACCUUUAAUGACUCAGAACAAGAGGAUCUGCAAGGAUUUGGUGUGUGUCUUGAUCCUGUGUAUGAUGUAAUUUGGAGGUUUCGACCAAAUACUAGAGAACUGUGGUGUUACAAUGCAGUGGUUGCUGAUGCCAGACUUCCCUCUGCAGCAGAUAUGCAGUCCAGAUGUAGCAUUCUAAGUCCUGAACUUGCCCUGCCAACAGGAUCAAGGGCUCUCACCACAAGAUCUCAUGCAGCUUUGCACAUUCUAGGUAGCGUUGCUAUUUGUUGUACAUUGUUUGAGUUAGGUCCUGAUGGAGGAGAUCAUGAAACUGAUGGGGACCUUCUUGCCGAGACUGAUGUGUUGGCUUAUGACUGUGCUGCUAGAGAAAAAUAUGCAAUGAUGUUUGAUGAGCCUGUUCUCCUGCAAGCUGGAUGGUGGUAUGUAGCAUGGGCCCGAGUGUCAGGACCCAGCAGUGACUGUGGGUCUCAUGGACAAGCAUCUAUUACCACAGAUGAUGGGGUUGUUUUCCAGUUUAAGAGUUCAAAGAAAUCAAAUAAUGGUACAGAUGUUAAUGCUGGUCAGAUACCUCAAUUAUUAUACAGACUUCCAACCAGUGAUGGAAGCGCUUCAAAAGGCAAACAGCAAACUAGUGAACCUGUACACAUUUUAAAGAGAUCUUUUGCAAGAACUGUCUCAGUGGAAUGUUUUGAGUCAUUGUUGAGCAUUCUUCACUGGAGCUGGACCACCUUAGUCUUAGGAGUUGAAGAACUUAGAGGAUUAAAAGGAUUCCAGUUCACAGCUACCCUUCUAGAUUUAGAGAGACUGCGCUUUGUGGGUACCUGUUGUCUGAGGUUAUUGCGGGUCUAUACCUGUGAAAUUUACCCAGUGUCAGCUACAGGAAAAGCAGUUGUAGAAGAAACUAGCAAAUUAGCAGAGUGUAUUGGAAAAACUAGAACUUUGUUAAGAAAAAUUUUAUCAGAAGGAGUUGAUCACUGCAUGGUGAAGUUGGAUAAUGAUCCUCAAGGAUAUCUCAGUCAACCAUUGAGUCUCCUAGAAGCUGUCCUUCAGGAGUGUCACAAUACUUUCACUGCCUGUUUUCAUUCUUUCUACCCAACUCCUGCCUUACAGUGGGCGUGCCUUUGCGAUCUGCUGAAUUGUUUGGAUCAGGAUAUCCAAGAAGCAAAUUUCAAGACAUCGAGUAGCCGACUCCUUGCAGCUGUUAUGUCAGCUCUGUGCCAUACUUCUGUUAAGCUGACUUCCAUCUUCCCUAUUGCGUAUGAUGGAGAAGUACUCCUGCGAUCAAUUGUUAAACAAGUUAGCACAGAGAAUGACUCAACACUAGUUCAUCGUUUCCCUCUUUUGGUGGCACAUAUGGAAAAACUCAGCCAGAGUGAAGAGAAUAUCUCAGGGAUGACAAGCUUCCGUGAAGUUCUGGAGAAAAUGCUGGUUAUUGUAGUGCUGCCAGUCAGGAACAGCCUGAGGAGAGAAAAUGAACUCUUCUCCUCCCACCUAGUCUCUAACACCUGUGGAUUACUGGCCAGUAUUGUCAGUGAACUGACAGCAUCAGCCCUGGGAUCUGAGGUUGAUGGACUUAAUUCUCUUCACUCUGUAAAAGCUAGUGCUAACCGAUUCACAAAAACGAGUCAGGGAAGAAGUUGGAACACUGGGAAUGGGUCCCCUGAUGCAAUCUGUUUUUCAGUAGACAAACCUGGAAUAGUUGUGGUUGGUUUCUCUGUCUAUGGAGGAGGUGGAAUUCAUGAAUAUGAAUUAGAGGUGUUGGUUGAUGAUAGUGAACAUGCAGGAGAUUCAACUCAUUCCCACAGAUGGACAUCUCUAGAAUUAGUCAAAGGAACUUAUACAACAGACGAUUCACCCAGCGACAUAGCUGAAAUAAGACUUGACAAAGUUGUUCCUUUAAAGGAAAAUGUUAAAUAUGCUGUGCGCUUGAGGAACUAUGGAAGCCGUACAGCCAAUGGAGAUGGAGGAAUGACCACAGUUCAGUGCCCUGAUGGUGUGACAUUUACAUUCAGCACGUGUAGCUUGAGUAGUAACGGCACAAACCAAACUAGAGGACAGAUUCCACAGAUACUCUACUAUAGGAGUGAAUUUGAUGGAGAUUUACAAUCCCAACUUCUGAGUAAAGCUAAUGAAGAAGAUAAAAACUGUAGCAGAGCUCUCUCUGUGGUAAGCACUGUCGUUCGAGCUGCUAAGGACCUCUUGCACAGAGCUCUUGCUGUGGAUGCUGAUGACAUUCCAGAACUGCUUAGUUCUUCCAGUCUGUUUUCCAUGCUGCUUCCCCUUAUUAUAGCCUACAUAGGACCAGUAGCUGCUGCUAUUCCCAAGGUGGCUGUAGAAGUCUUUGGCCUUGUUCAACAAUUACUUCCCUCAGUUGCCAUUUUGAAUCAGAAGUAUGCACCUCCUGCAUUCAAUCCUAAUCAGUCAACAGAUAGUACCACGGGAAACCAGCCUGAACAAGGCCUCUCUGCUUGUACAACCUCUAAUCACUAUGCUGUUAUAGAGAGCGAGCACCCAUAUAAACCUGCCUGUGUGAUGCACUACAAGGUGACAUUCCCAGAAUGUGUCAGGUGGAUGACAAUCGAAUUUGACCCUCAGUGUGGUACUGCCCAGUCAGAAGAUGUCCUCCGUUUGUUGAUUCCUGUCAGAAUUGUUCAGAAUUCAGGAUAUGGACCAAAAUUGACAUCUGUUCAUGAAAAUCUUAAUUCAUGGGUAGAAUUAAAGAAAUUUUCAGGAUCCUCUGGGUGGCCUACUAUGGUUUUAGUGUUGCCUGGAAAUGAGGCCCUUUUUUCAUUGGAGACUGCAUCAGAUUAUGUGAAAGAUGACAAAGCUUCUUUCUAUGGUUUCAAGUGUUUUGCAAUUGGAUAUGAAUUUAGCCCUGGACCUGAUGAGGGAGUCAUUCAGUUGGAAAAAGAAUUAGCCAAUCUUGGUGGAGUUUGUGCAGCAGCUUUGAUGAAAAAGGAUCUAGCGCUUCCUAUUGGUAAUGAAUUAGAGGAAGAUCUUGAAAUUCUUGAAGAGGCUGCAUUGCAGGUGUGCAAAACCCAUUCUGGUAUUCUUGGAAAGGGUUUAGCUCUUUCUCAUUCACCAACUAUAUUAGAGGCACUUGAAGGAAACUUACCACUCCAAAUUCAAAGCAAUGAACAGUCCUUUCUGGAUGAUUUUAUUGCUUGUGUUCCAGGAUCAAGUGGUGGAAGGCUUGCAAGGUGGCUUCAGCCAGAUUCCUAUGCUGACCCUCAGAAAACAUCUUUGAUCCUGAAUAAGGAUGAUAUUCGUUGUGGUUGGCCUACUACCAUAACUGUUCAAACGAAAGACCAGUAUGGGGAUGUGGUACAUGUUCCCAAUAUGAAGGUGGAAGUGAAGGCCGUCCCUGUUUCUCAGAAAAAAACAUCUUUACAGCAAGAGCAAGUAAAGAAACCUCAAAGGAUUCCUGGCAGUCCUGCAGUAACAGCUGCAUCUUCUAAUACUGAUAUGACUUUUGGCGGACUGGCAUCACCAAAGCUGGAUGUUUCAUAUGAACCAAUGAUAGUGAAGGAGGCUCGAUAUAUUGCCAUAACUAUGAUGAAGGUUUAUGAAAAUUAUUCAUUUGAAGAAUUGCGUUUUGCAUCACCAACUCCUAAGAGACCCAGUGAGAAUAUGCUGAUCCGUGUCAAUAAUGAUGGCACUUAUUGUGCAAAUUGGACUCCAGGGGCUAUUGGACUCUACACUAUUCAUGUUACUAUUGAUGGCAUUGAAAUAGAUGCUGGGCUAGAAGUAAAAGUAAAAGACCCACCUAAAGGGAUGAUACCACCUGGAACUCAACUGGUCAAACCAAAGACUGAACCUCAACCAAAUAAGGUUCGAAAAUUUGUGGCCAAGGACAGUGCAGGGCUCCGUAUCCGGAGCCACCCUUCCCUCCAGAGUGAGCAGAUAGGCAUAGUGAAAGUCAAUGGAACCAUCACUUUUAUUGAUGAGAUCCACAAUGAUGAUGGUGUGUGGCUGAGACUGAAUGAUGAGACAAUAAAGAAGUAUGUUCCUAACAUGAAUGGUUACACUGAAGCAUGGUGCCUCUCUUUUAAUCAGCAUCUUGGCAAGAGUCUUCUGGUCCCUGUUGACAAUAUCUUUAAUGCUAGCCAAGGAGUCAGGGAUUUGGACGUAUUUUCAUGGACUUCCAAAGCUUUUUUCCCCCAGGUAACCAAUUCUGAAGGUACAUGGGUGCAGCUGGAUAAGAACAGCAUGGUAGAGUUCUGUGAGAGUGAUGAAGGAGAGGCAUGGUCCUUAGCUAGAGACAGAGGCGGAAACCAGUACCUCCGACAUGAAGAUGAACAAGUACUUCUGGAUCAAAAUUCUCAAACUCCUCCUCCAAGCCCUUUCUCAGUGCAAGCUUUUAAUAAAGGGGCAAGUUGCAGUGCCCAAGGAUUUGAUUAUGGACUUGGAAACAAUAAAGGUGACCGAGGAAAUAUCUCAACAUCUUCCAGACCAGCCUCUACAUCAGGAAAAUCAGAACUGUCCUCUAAACACAGCAGAUCACUUAAACCUGAUGGACGUAUGAGCCGGACUACUGUUGACCAGAAAAAGCCAAGGGGUACAGAAGGUUUAUCUGCUAGUGAAUCCCUCAUGUUAAAAUCUGAUGCUGCAAAGUUGAGGUCAGAUUCCCAUAGUAGGUCAUUGUCCCCCAACCAUAACACCUUGCAGACACUGAAAUCUGAGGGGAGGAUGUCUUCUAGCUUUAGAGCUGAAUCCCCAGGACCAGGUUCUCGGUCAUCAUCUCCUAAGCCAAAGACUCUCCCCGCCAAUAGGUCCAGCCCAUCAGGCACUAGUUCUCCACGCUCCUCCUCACCACAUGAUAAAAAUCUACCUCAAAAAAGCACUGCUCCUGUUAAGACAAAACUUGAUCCUCCUCGGGAACGUUCCAAGUCAGACUCUUACACACUUGAUCCAGACACCCUCCGCAAGAAGAAAAUGCCCCUCACAGAACCGUUAAGGGGAAGGUCAACAUCACCAAAACCAAAAUCGGUACCAAAGGAUUCUAAAGAUUCUCCUGGAUCUGAAAAUAGAGCUCCAUCUCCCCAUGUGGUACAGGAAAACCUUCACAGUGAGGUGGUUGAAGUGUGCACCUCAAGUACUUUAAAAACAAAUAGUCUAACAGACAGUACUUGUGAUGAAAGUAGUGAAUUUAAGAGUGUAGACGAAGGUUCAAAUAAAGUUCAUUUUAGCAUAGGAAAAGCACCACUGAAAGAUGAACAGGAAAUGAGAGCAUCCCCCAAAAUAAGUCGAAAAUGUGCUAAUAGACACACUAGGCCCAAAAAAGAAAAAUCUAGUUUUCUUUUCAAAGGAGAUGGAUCCAAAUCUUUAGAGCCAGCCAAGCAAGCCAUGUCUCCUUCUGUGGCUGAGUGCGCCAGAGCUGUCUUUGCCUCUUUCCUGUGGCAUGAAGGCAUAGUACACGAUGCAAUGGCUUGUUCUUCUUUCCUGAAAUUUAAUCCUGAACUUUCCAAAGAACAUGCCCCUAUAAGGAGUAGUUUAAAUAGCCAACAGCCUACAGAGGAAAAAGAAACAAAGUUAAAAAAUAGACACUCAUUGGAAAUAUCAUCUGCACUGAAUAUGUUUAAUAUUUCACCUCAUGGACCAGAUAUAUCUAAGAUGGGUAGCAUCAACAAAAAUAAGGUGUUGUCCAUGCUUAAGGAACCGCCUCUGCAUGAAAAGUGUGAGGAUGGGAAAACCGAAGCCACUUUUGAAAUGUCUGUGCAUCACACAAUGAAGUCUAAAUCUCCUCUUCCCUUAACUUUACAACAUUUAGUGGCUUUUUGGGAAGACAUCUCUUUGGCUACAAUCAAAGCUGCUUCCCAGAAUAUGAUUUUUCCAAGUCCUGGUUCCUGUGCUGUCCUUAAAAAGAAAGAGUGUGAGAAAGAGAAUAAGAAAGCCAAAAAGGAAAAAAAGAAAAAAGAAAAGGCAGAAGUUAGGCCCAGGGGUAAUUUGUUUGGAGAGAUGGCCCAGCUGGCAGUAGGAGGACCAGAGAAAGACACCAUCUGUGAGCUCUGUGGAGAGUCACAUCCUUACCCGGUGACCUAUCACAUGAGACAAGCUCACCCAGGACUGGAUUCUAAAGAUUCUCCUGGAUCUGAAAAUAGAGCUCCAUCUCCCCAUGUGGUACAGGAAAACCUUCACAGUGAGGUGGUUGAAGUGCAUCAUCAUGAAAAUUUUGUGGGCUAUCAAGAUGACAACCUAUUCCAGGAUGAAAUGAGAUAUCUACGGUCAACAUCUGUACCUGCCCCGUACAUAUCAGUAACCCCAGAUGCAAGUCCUAAUGUAUUUGAAGAGCCAGAGAGCAAUAUGAAGUCUAUGCCACCAAGUUUGGAAACCAGUCCCAUAACUGACACUGAUCUCGCAAAGAGAACUGUCUUCCAAAGAUCAUACUCAGUUGUUGCUUCUGAAUAUGAUAAACAACACUCCAUUUUACCUGCACGAGUUAAAGCCAUUCCUAGAAGAAGAGUUAACAGUGGAGACACUGAAGUUGGUUCUUCCCUGUUGAGACAUCCAUCUCCUGAGCUUUCUCGACUAAUCUCAGCCCACAGCUCUCUUUCUAAAGGAGAACGAAAUUUCCAAUGGCCAGUUUUAGCUUUUGUUAUACAGCAUCAUGAUCUAGAAGGUCUUGAAAUAGCAAUGAAACAAGCCUUAAGGAAAUCUGCGUGUCGAGUUUUUGCUAUGGAGGCUUUCAACUGGCUUCUGUGUAAUGUCAUCCAAACCACUUCUCUUCAUGAUAUUCUAUGGCAUUUUGUGGCAUCACUGACUCCUGCUCCAGUGGAACCAGAAGAGGAGGAGGAUGAAGAAAAUAAAACAAACAAAGAAAAUUCAGAACAAGAGAAAGACACAAGAGUAUGCGAACAUCCACUCUCAGACAUAGUGAUUGCAGGUGAAGCCGCUCAUCCUUUGCCUCAUACAUUUCACCGCCUGCUUCAAACCAUCUCCGAUCUUAUGAUGUCUCUCCCCAGUGGCAGUUCAUUACAACAAAUGGCUCUGAGAUGCUGGAGUCUCAAAUUCAAACAAUCUGAUCACCAGUUUCUCCAUCAGAGUAAUGUCUUUCACCACAUUAACAAUAUUUUGUCAAAAUCAGAUGAUGGCGAUAGUGAAGAGAGUUUUAGCAUCAGUAUACAGUCUGGCUUUGAAGCUAUGAGUCAGGAAUUAUGCAUAGUAAUGUGCUUAAAGGACUUAACCAGCAUUGUUGACAUAAAAACUUCAAGCCGACCUGCGAUGAUUGGCAGUUUGACAGAUGGCUCCACAGAAACCUUUUGGGAAUCAGGAGAUGAAGAUAAAAACAAAACUAAGAACAUCACCAUCAACUGUGUAAAAGGAAUCAAUGCCCGCUAUGUAUCUGUUCAUGUGGACAAUUCCCGAGAUCUUGGGAAUAAAGUUACCUCAAUGACCUUCUUAACUGGCAAAGCAGUAGAAGAUUUAUGCAGAAUAAAGCAGGUUGAUCUGGAUUCUAGGCAUAUUGGUUGGGUAACAAGUGAACUUCCAGGAGGGGAUAAUCAUAUCAUCAAAAUUGAAUUAAAGGGCCCAGAAAAUACACUAAGAGUUCGACAAGUCAAAGUCCUGGGCUGGAAAGAUGGUGAAAGCACAAAAAUCGCUGGCCAGAUUUCCGCCAGUGUUGCCCAGCAAAGGAACUGUGAAGCUGAGACUCUACGAGUAUUCAGACUUAUUACAUCUCAAGUAUUUGGAAAGCUCAUCUCUGGAGAUGCUGAACCUACACCAGAACAAGAGGAAAAAGCACUCCUGUCCUCACCUGAAGGAGAGGAAAAAGUAUACAAUGCAACAUCAGAUGCUGACCUGAAAGAACAUAUGGUUGGGAUCAUAUUCAGCAGGAGUAAACUGACUAACUUACAAAAACAGGUGUGUGCUCACAUCGUCCAAGCUAUUCGCAUGGAAGCCACCAGAGUCCGUGAAGAAUGGGAGCAUGCCAUAUCAAGCAAGGAAAAUGCCAAUUCUCAGCCAAAUGAUGAAGAUGCCUCCUCUGAUGCUUACUGCUUUGAGCUGCUCUCUAUGGUUUUAGCAUUGAGUGGGUCUAAUGUUGGCCGACAGUAUCUGGCUCAACAGCUAACUCUGCUUCAGGAUCUCUUUUCCCUGCUUCACACAGCCUCUCCCAGAGUCCAGAGACAGGUGACCUCUUUACUAAGACGAGUUUUGCCUGAAGUGACCCCCAGUCGCCUGGCCAGCAUCAUAGGAGUGAAAUCCCUUCCCCCAGCAGAUAUCAGUGAUAUCAUUCACUCAACAGAAAAAGGAGAUUGGAAUAAGCUGGGUAUCUUGGACAUGUUUCUAGGAUGCAUUGCCAAAGCACUCACUGUGCAGCUAAAAGCCAAAGGAACCACCAUCACAGGGACAGCUGGUACCACCGUGGGCAAAGGAGUUACGACAGUUACUCUUCCAAUGAUUUUCAAUUCCAGUUAUCUUCGACGAGGUGAAAGUCAUUGGUGGAUGAAGGGCUCAACUCCUACCCAGAUCUCAGAGAUCAUCAUUAAACUUAUCAAGGAUAUGGCAGCAGGUCAUCUGUCAGAAGCUUGGUCCCGAGUGACAAAAAAUGCUAUUGCAGAAACCAUCAUUGCCUUGACUAAGAUGGAAGAAGAAUUUAGGUCUCCAGUGAGAUGUAUUGCAACAACUAGACUCUGGCUCGCUCUAGCGUCACUGUGUGUUCUUGAUCAGGACCAUGUAGAUCGUCUCUCCUCAGGGAGAUGGAUGGGAAAAGAUGGGCAACAAAAACAAAUGCCUAUGUGUGAUAAUCACGAUGAUGGUGAAACUGCAGCAAUCAUUUUAUGCAAUGUCUGUGGAAAUUUAUGUACUGACUGUGACAGAUUCCUUCAUCUUCAUCGACGAACCAAAACUCAUCAAAGACAGGUAUUCAAAGAAGAAGAAGAAGCUAUAAAGGUUGAUCUUCAUGAAGGUUGUGGUAGAACCAAAUUGUUCUGGUUGAUGGCACUGGCAGAUUCUAAAACAAUGAAGGCAAUGGUGGAAUUCCGAGAACACACAGGUAAACCCACCACAAGUAGCUCGGAAGCAUGUCGUUUCUGUGGUUCCAGGAGUGGAACAGAGUUAUCUGCAGUUGGCAGUGUUUGUUCCGAUGCAGAUUGCCAGGAAUAUGCUAAGAUAGCCUGUAGUAAGACACAUCCUUGUGGACACCCAUGUGGAGGUGUUAAAAAUGAAGAGCAUUGUUUGCCCUGUCUACACGGCUGUGAUAAAAGUGCCACCACACUGAAGCAGGAUGCAGAUGACAUGUGCAUGAUAUGUUUCACUGAAGCACUCUCUGCAGCACCAGCCAUUCAGCUGGACUGUAGUCACGUGUUCCACUUACAGUGCUGUCGGCGAGUUUUAGAAAAUAGAUGGCUCGGCCCAAGGAUAACAUUUGGAUUUAUAUCUUGUCCUAUUUGCAAGAACAAAAUAAACCACAUAGUAUUAAAAGAUCUGCUUGAUCCAAUAAAAGAACUCUAUGAGGAUGUCAGAAGAAAAGCCUUAAUGAGAUUGGAAUAUGAAGGUCUGCAUAAGAGUGAAGCUAUCACAACUCCUGGUGUGAGGUUUUAUAAUGACCCAGCUGGCUACGCAAUGAAUAGAUACGCAUAUUAUGUCUGCUACAAAUGCAGAAAGGCGUAUUUUGGUGGUGAAGCUCGCUGUGAUGCUGAGGCUGGACAAGGGGAUGAUUAUGAUCCCAGAGAGCUCAUUUGUGGUGCCUGUUCUGAUGUGUCCAGGGCUCAGAUGUGUCCUAAACAUGGCACAGACUUUUUAGAAUAUAAAUGUCGCUACUGCUGUUCAGUGGCUGUCUUUUUCUGUUUUGGAACAACACAUUUUUGUAAUGCUUGUCAUGAUGAUUUUCAAAGAAUGACUAGCAUUCCUAAGGAAGAACUACCACACUGUCCUGCAGGUCCCAAAGGCAAACAGUUAGAAGGAACUGAAUGUCCGCUCCAUGUUGUUCAUCCACCCACCGGCGAAGAGUUUGCUCUGGGGUGUGGAGUGUGCCGAAAUGCUCACACUUUUUAGAACACUCAGAUCCUUUGUCUACAGAAAGAAAAGUUGCCUUCAUCCCCCAAGAGGAUGCGGUGAAGUUUAAACUCUGCUCAGGAUAAGUACGGGACCAUUUUUACAUCCAUGAAAAUGAACCAUUCACAGUGCAAGAAGGAUGCCAAAUACCAUGUACAUAAUUCUUGCUAUGGAAAGUUUCCCCAUUACUUUGGUUUCUCUUCUUUUGAACCAAGACAUCAAACUUGUGAGGUGUUUGCAUGUGGCCAUUACCGUCAUUGGCCUGUGAAACAUUGGACAUUUAUAGAUAAUUGAUAUAAAAAAAAAUCACCAUGCCCAUGGACUAAGAAUGAUGCUGGCUUUCAAGCAAAAAAGAAAAAUAAUCAUUGUUUAUUGUAUACUGCCUUUUUGUAAUCCUGUACAAUUGCAUCACAGGUGGGGAUAAAAAGAGGAAUAUUCUGGUUUAUUUCCUAGACUGUUAUUUAAAAAAAAAAAUUGUGUUAGGACAGCAUAUAAAUGUAAUAAGUAUCACACUGUAUAUAAAGAUAUCAAUGUUUGUCCUGUAUAAGAAUUACUAAAUUACAAAUGCAGUUUCAUUUAAACUUC